CGAGCUCUCGAGAUGGAUAAAUGGAAGGGAAAAGUUGCUGUUGUUACAGGCGCAUCAGCUGGAAUUGGUUCUGAAAUUGUCAAAGAUUUUGCCAAAAAUGGAAUUGUUGUUGUUGCUUUGGCAAGACGUGCUUCAAGAAUUGAGGAAAAUGUGAAAGAUUUUCCAGCUGAAUAUGGAAAAGUUCAUGCUCGUUCAUGUGAUGUUACAAGUCUUGAGUCAAUAAAAGAAACAUUUGCCUGGAUAGAGGAACAGUUGGGAUCUGUAAAUAUUUUAGUGAAUAAUGCUGGCAUUGGAAGGAAAGCCACAAUACUAACAGAAAAUUCGGAAGUUGAUAAGCAGUUUGCUGAUAUAAUAAAUACAAAUUUUACUGGAUUAGUUCAUGUCACACGACAUGCAUAUCUGCUGAUGAAGAAGUCUGAUGAUUAUUCGAUGAUAAUUAAUAUUAAUUCUGUUGCUGGUCAUAAAGUUCCUUUCUUUAGUGAUGGUCAACAGUCGAAUGUUUAUCAUGGAACUAAGCAUGCAAUCACAGCAACAACUGAAAUUUUGAGGCAGGAAUUGAUUGCAUUGAAAAAUGACAAAAUUCGUGUGUCAAGCCUUAGUCCAGGUGUUGUUCAAACAGACUUUUUCACAACAGGAAAAUUCCUGCCUGAAGACGUUCGUAUGAAGGAUCAUGCACCAGCUUUAGAUCCAUCGGACAUCUCAAAUGUAAUAACGUAUUUACUGCAAUUGCCAUAUCAUGUCAAUAUUACUGAAGUCACUGUAAGGCCAGUAUUGGAAGCCUUUUAAAUUCAUUAAUAUCUUUUGUGCAUGUUACAUGGCUUGCUGGAAGUACUUCGGC